UAGCUGGGGCUCGGGGAGAAUUAAAACAUUUGAAAUCCAGCCGAUAUUUUCAGUUGUUAAUUACUUUUGAAUCCACAUGGUGGUACAACUAUUAACUAGGAAUUAAAUGAAACUACUCUGUUGGCAAAAGUACAAUACAAAAAUAGGCGUAGUAGGUCAACCUUGAUAAAACCUUUCAUGACUGGACCGAAACUGGAAGAUAACCUUCACCUUGCUGCCACAAUAUAGAGCGAAGAAAAACCAGGGGAAAUAUUAGUAUUCGUUUUUCACAUCAAUUAAAUUUGAACAAACUAGAUUCAAUAUUGUAUUUCCUCUUCCUAUAUCUUUUAAAUCAAAGACAUUUUUAUGGCACUUAGUUAGUUAUAUACUUAAAAUGCUCUUCCCAUGUUCAUGUACUGCCUUAACCAUGUAUUUACAGGAAGCAUUGAGACUGUGACACCAGGAAGCAGACGUUACAGUGCUGAUGAUAACCCAUGACCCAGACAUGAUCCAACAGUUACCCUGACGUCUUUAGAAUACCUCACAGGCUGGGUUUACACAGACAGCCUAAAUCUGAUCUUUUCCCAAUAGAUAGCCUUCUGACCAGUCAGAGCAAAUAUUUAGCCAGUAAUUGGGUAAAAGGUUAGAACUGAACAGACAGUGUAAAGAUACAGUAGUCUUAGUAGUAUUAUAUAGACAGCCUGGACCAGGCCCAGACACGGAUCAGUCUGUGUAGAUUGGGUCAGCCAUCUCAGGAUAACUGGUCAUGUGAUCAUGUUUGUCCAUACAUGUCAUGGACCUGUUAUCGCCUUUUGCCAGUAAGUAUGGGAAUCAUAUCCUACUUCCUGCCUGACAGCAUCAGUUAUAUUCCACUUAAGAAUUCAGUGAAAGGCGGGAGAAAGUGAAGAGAGAGGAAGAGAGACAGAGAGGUAGAGAAAGAAAAAGAGAGAAAGAAAGGGAGGGAGAGAGGGAGGGAGGAAACAAGAGCGAUAAAGAGAGAGAGGGAGAGAAUGUUUUGUCCCUGCAGCCCACUCACAUCCCCAGCCACAUAGUCAGUACAAAAGCAGAGGAUCAUUAUAGCUGACGUCCCAACUCUGCUUCACAGACUACGGCUCUACACACACUCACACACACACACGUUACACAGCAACAGGACAGUAAUAAGACAUACGGGGACCGGGCUCCAUAUUGCUACAGGAGCUGUCACACACUUGAACCCAGUGUCAGGAGCCUAAGAGAGGGAACAUCUGAGAAGUCGGAAGAGAAGUCGGAAGAGAAGUCGGAAGAGAAGUCGGAAGAGAAGUCGGAAGAGAACUCUUCAGCGCGUUUUUUCCAUUUGGGAUUGGACUGAACCAGAUUCACCAAACGUAGGUCUCCUUGUUGAAGCAGGUCGGCACCAGAAUUGUACACAAGCCAACUUUGCCAGAGGAAAGUGGUUCAUCUAGGAUCAGACAGUAUGCUGGCUCAGAUCCUGCAGGAGAUGUGGGUGGACCCAGAAGUUCUGGAGGCCCUGAGUGAAGACCAGAGGAGAAUUCUGUUCCUGAAGAUGAGACAGGAGCAAGUCCGCCGCUGGACAGAGAGGGAGGAGAAGGACGAGAGAGAGGGGAGAACCAGGGAACACACCAGGUCUAAGAAAGGACUCAGUAAAACUGUGCGUUGGCAAUUGGGUCGCGAUGGGGAUGUGAGCGUGAGCAUCAUCGGAGAGGUGGAUGAAUUCAGAUCCUCCAAACUCCUCCAGAACAUCCAUACCAACAGCAGACUCCAGAACAGAGACCUGAACAACCUAGUGGAUGAUAUCCAUAAGGUAUCGCUACUGACCGACAGCGACAACCACCAACCCAGAUCUCAACCUUCCAUGCGAAUGCAACUCAGUAAUGACUCCGAUGGCUCUAAGGAAUCUGAAGAGGAACCAGAUUCAGGCAGUGCUGAGGAUGAACCCAGGGUCCCAGCGGAGGACAGCAGUGACAGUGAGUCAGGCAACAGCACAGACAAGGAUUGGGUCCUUCACUACAGUCCCCAUCGCCACAGCAACAGCAGCAACCUGCCUCAGUCCCAACCGCAGCUGUCAGUCAUGGAAAGGGCCAACCCACGGGGAAGAGGAGUGGCGGUCCAUCACGAGGAGGCAAACCCUGGACUCGGGGGUCGUGUGGCCCAGCUCAGGAGAGCCUUCGCCACAUCCUCUUGCGUUUCUAAGCCCCCCAUGCCAACCAAACCCUCCCAUUUGCAGCUGGUGCCCAAACCCUCCAUCAGAUAACAUGAACGCUCAUCUACGUUCUACAAAGCACACGGCCGCCAUGCUUACCUAAAGGGCUCAGCUGGAAGGUGAUCCACAGACAAACACUCUGUUAUGGUGUGGAGAAAUAGGAGCUACAUACUGACCAGAGUUAAAGGUGGACAAGCAUGGCCGAGUGGAAGGAAUUCAGGUGUUCUGGUGAAAUGGCUGCUUGAAGAAUCCUGGGGUCUGCAUUGUACUCAUGCAGUUCAACUUCUCCUUCAACGUGAAUUGUUUAGAUAUGGUUAACGCAAGAAGGACAUUGAGAUACUUACCACAUUGUAUCAUACUUGUACAUGUGUUGGAGGAAAUAUUUAAGAACGUUUGCAAAUCAAAAUGUAUUUUCAAUUGCCUAAGUGUACACUGUAAAAAUGUUUUUAGUUGCUUGUACUUUAACAGUUUAAUCAUAAGGCUUCUGUGUUUACACUAUUUUGAAUAGUCAAAUUGUAUCUACCUGUACAUUUUUUUCAAGAGGCCAUACUGUAUAAACAAUGUGUGUGCAACAUGCUUGACUCUAUUCUGAAAAAACAUGCAACUUGUGUACCAAAUGUUGUUACAACGCAAAUUCCUGACACUUGCAUUCCCAACAUCCCGGAAAUGGGGCGUCUGAGGUCCCUGAGGGGUCCCUGGGCUUGAUUUAGUCUUUUACCUUUUUCAAAAGGGGCGUCAUGAGUAAUUACAUAAAAUCGAAUUCAUAUAAUUGGCUCCGUUAAUUAAACCUCAUUCAUAAUGCAGACUUCAAGGAGAUAUCCCUAACACGCUCCCACCUUGUAGAAGAAUACAAACACCAGUUCCUUAUAGCGCACUUGCUACUGUAUACUCACUAAAACAUUUGGUUGGCCUACUUACUAAAGCACCUUCUGGAAUUUUUUGAAAAGCAAUUUAAAUGGCAGAAAGCC